UAAAUAUCCAGUAGAAACUCUACAUUAAGAUUGACUUUGUUUGUUUGUCUGUGUUCAUCAGGAGUACCAGGAACAUCAUUCCGAGGAGGAGGAUGGAGACCUUUAUGAAAAGAUCCCCAACAUAGAUGAAAAGGCGGGAGGCGGCAUAGACAAGAGGAAAUCCAGAGCAAGCGUCACAAAUACAGGUGGACCCAGCACUGCGGGUGAGGACCAGAAGAAGGUCCGAACCAAACUGAUGAAGUUCCUCAUGAAGCGUCCCACGCUGCAGACGGUCAAAGAAAAAGGCUACAUCAGAGAAAAUGUCUUUGGUUGUGAUCUUGCAACACUGUGCUCACAUGAGAAGACCACUGUUCCGAGUUUUGUGCAGAAAUGUAUUCAUGCAGUAGAACGGAGAGGUUUGGACAUCGAUGGACUCUACAGAGUCAGUGGGAACCUCGCUGUCAUUCAGAAACUGCGCUUCAAGGCCGAUCAUGAUGAGCUGGACCUCGAGGACGGUCAGUGGGAAGAUGUUCACGUCAUCACCGGAGCACUGAAGUUAUUUUUCCGGGAGCUGCCUGAGCCGCUUUUCCCAUACAGCCACUUUAAUAAGUUCAUCUCAGCCAUCAGAAUUCCUGAUAACCACACAAAACGGAAUCAGAUGCGUGACCUCAUCGAGUCACUUCCGGAUCCAAACCAUGACACAAUGCGGCUCCUUUUUGGGCAUUUACACAGAGUUAUUGAAUAUGGACAGGAUAAUCGUAUGACUGUACAGAAUGUGGCAAUCGUGUUCGGCCCAACGCUGCUUCGGCCGGAGAUGGAGUCUGGAAAUAUCGCCAUGUACAUGGUCUUCCAGAACCAGAUAGUGGAGUUCAUCCUGAAUGAAAAUAAUUAUCUCUUCCAGUAAACGAGCUCGUGGUACAGACCCAGGCCAACGUGUAAAUGUUUUCAAGUUGUUUAAAGUGCUAGAUUUACCUUUGGAUUUGCACAUCAGCAGCUUCAGUGUGUAUCCUGGAAAAUUAAACUCCUUCUGUAAAAUAUGUGAAAGGCUCCUUCAAGUUUAAUCAGACUAGGAGAGGGAUUUUCAAGUGCUCUUUGCUGAGGAUGUUUGAAGCAUGUUUAACCACUGUUUUAUCUGGAUUUUCUCUGUCGUGUGCAGCUUACACUGUUAGGACCUUCUUUGGCAGUAUUGCAGCUACAUGGGUGUAGACAGGCGUGGUUUGGUUUACCGUCCCAAAGCCACUGAAUUGCUCCCCCUCCCCGAGGCUCUGGGAGUCGAAAUCUCACAGGUCACUUUCUGGAGAUUUUAUUGCUUUUUUUUUUUGUUGUUUGUUUGGGUUUGUCUAAAUCUCAGUGAUAAUAAAACUAGUAGGUCAAACUUGGAAAAAAGCAUUAAUGCCCUCUUUAGCAGAUGAUCUUUUAUUGCUUUUAUCUUUAUUUUUUAGAAAUUUGAGGUAUAUCACUCAUGGCAAUAUCUGAGAUUUUAUUCUAAUAUUCUUUCUUCAGCCUCAUUUUCACCCAAGAAUUUUAUUGUAAUAUAGAAAUGUAUAAAAAAUAAAUAUUAAUACUUCCUGUUGUGAAGUAGAUGAUGGAGACUUAGAAUACUUGUGCAACCUGUAGAUUAUUUUCCACUGAAAACAUAAUUUUCCAAUUGUUCUGUACUUGAAGAAAAUGUUUAGCAGCAUAGAGUUAUAAAGUAGCGACAGUCUGGAGUAAAGUCAGAAGAGAAAAGUUGAUUUUAGAAAAAUGUAUGACAUGUAAAUAGAUCUAGAUGGCAUAUUUAUGCUGAAAGUUGGUGAAAUGCACAAGUUAUCUCAUAAUAAAAUAACUUUG